AUGAGCGACUCUUCCGAGGAAAACGAUAGCGGUGCGGAGGAGGCUACAAUCAAUGGAGAUACGUAUAAUGGAACGGAGGAUGUAGCAGAUGCUGAGGAUGGGCCAUCUCCAGUUGCGGGUCGCAUCUCGGAUUUACUUCAGGAGGCAAGAGAGGGCGCCUCAACACCACAACAGUUAGGCAAUGGUGUCAAUCGAUACAAGGCUGCCCAGCAGCUAGAAAGCGCUUCUGAAGAUGGCUCACUAGAUACCCUACCCAGGAGGACCGGAAGCCCCAUAGACUCAUUGCUUUCUGUUCCAGAUGAUUCCCCCUCUGUGCAGGGCUCCCAAGUAUCUUCUCCUGGUGGAAGUAGUAUACGACCUUCACUUGCCUCGAGACCCGGCCUCGAAAGUCCCACCCCAUCAUUUCGACCAUUCGACAGACGAUUCCAAUCUCGAAUUUCGAGCUCUACCCUCUCUGUCCCUCGCCCCUCCUCGCCCGGACUUCUCAAGGGACAUUCCCGCAAUGCAUCUCUUACCAGCCACUUUACACCAGAUCCCGGAGACACCGACACCCCGUCUCCACCAUGGGAAGUUGUACGAUGGACAAAGCUCAAGAAAAUGAACGGGCAAGCGUUUUCUGAAGUUGGCAGACGCAAUUUCGGCGUGCCGACGUGUAUAUCAGUCUCUGCAUCUAUAGUGUUGGGAACAUCCAAAGGAAUAAUCUUAAUUUUUGAUUACCAUCAAAACCUCAAAUCAAUAAUAGGGCCUGGUACCAAGGCUGUGGAAUCUGGUGCCAUAACAUCAAUUGCUAUUUCGGCAGAUCAUCUCAUUGUUGCCGGGGGGCAUGCUAAUGGUAGCAUCUUCACUUGGGAGACCGCAAAGGCAGCUCGCCCAUUUCUACACAUACCUAGCCUGGAGCCAGCGCAGAUGAUCAACAGAACUCUUGAUGGUCAUGUUCCCAAUGUAGCAAUUGGACAUCUAGGGUUUCUAGGUACUAGGCAUACCGCACUUGUCUCAGCUGAUGAUCGAGGCAUGGCCUUCUCUCAUCUUGCUACCAGAGGCACUGGCGCUCUUGGUCGUACUGUUAAGACCACUCGGAUUCUAGGUCGAUAUCCUAAUGAUGUUCCAACAUCAGGAAAAGCGCGGAAACCGAGCACGGUUCUUGCAUUUGCUCCGUUACCUCUUGGUAAUGUUGAGCGAGGGACGGACACCCUGGGUCUUACUGCCAUGUUGACCCCGUACCUGCUGGUUAUCGUCUCUACGACUCCCAUAGCCCAAACUCAGCACAAAGCUGCUCGGCCAAAAGAAGUUGCUGCUCACAGUGCGCUAAGUGGAUGUCUAGCAUGGUUCCCAGCAGUCAAAUUAAAAGUGCGGGAUCCAAAAACAGGGAGUGAUGUUUCGAAAGUGAAGCUCGUAUACUGUUGGUCAAAUGUCUUGACUGUUCUGGAUGUCGACGAGUUCGAGUCUUCAAACAAAGAUAAACCUUCAAGUCUAUCUUUCAAGCCAAGGAGCAGAUGGAAAGCGGAGGAAGCUAUUGUUGCAGUUCAAUGGCUUAGUCGGUCUGUCUUGUCAGUUCUUACGAUCACUCAGCGAUUGAUUAUACUUGAAGAUGGUAGUAUGCGGAUGACUGACGCUUUCGACCUGGCUCAUAAGCAUAUCUAUCAUCAAGAUUUGUUCUCGAACCAGCUGCACACGUUAGUUGAGCAGCUUGAUGAGGAGGAUCCGUCGAUGCAUGGUGUUGUGGCGGACGCCUUUUACAUGAGCUUCAAAGCGUACAAGAGCCGAAUGUUUCUUCUUGGUUUCAAUGACAUCUCUAUUGGGACGCUAUCGAAUUGGGCAGAUCGCUUGAUUGCGUUGAUGGAAGAUGGCGACUAUAUUGGUGCAAUUCAGCUAGCGACUUCCUACUACACCGGAGCAGCAGACAAGCUGACUAUUGGCUUACCUGAAGAUACUUCUCUACGACAUUCGAUGGUCCAAGACAAGUUGCUCGAAAUCAUGACAGCCUCCUUGAAGUUUGCCUUCGGCCAACGACAAAAGCAGUCUACAACUACUGAUGACAAUCAUCUUAAAGACUUGGCGGAAGCCUGCUUUGAAGCUUGCCUCAGUAUCGGAGACAUCGACUUUCUCUUUGACGAAGCCUAUGAAUGGUACGAGGACGGAGACUCGGAAGGCAUUUUUCUGGAGACACUCGAACCUCACAUCCUUGAGAAGCGCAUUGUUUCCAUCCCUCCAACAGUCGUCAAAUCCAUGGUCAGCUACUAUGUGAGCAAGGGACUUGAAAGUCGCUUAGAAGAGAUGAUUUGCCACAUGGAAACCAUGACACUCGACAUUGAUCAAGUUACGACUCUCUUCAAGCAGCACAACCUAUACGAUGCACUAAUUUACGUCUGGAACCAAGCCCUUCAUGAUUACAUAACGCCACUCAUCGAUCUUUUGUCGCUUUUGAUACCCCUUGUGCAGAAUGGUGACUAUUUUACGAACGGGAAUGUGAUGGAAGAUCCUAUUUUUGGCGUUAAUGCGCUGAAGAUGUUCCCUUAUCUAUCAUACACCUUUACCGGCCGGGUGUACCCGACAGGUGAGAGUCUAGAAGACCAAGACGCUAUGAACGCUAAAGCAGAGCUCUAUUGGUUUAUUUUCUCUGGCAGGACUAUCACUUGGCCCAAGAACACUGGUAACCCAUUCUUGACUCAGCCUACUCACGAACAUGAACCUUCCUUCCCAUAUCUGCGGAUGAUACUCAAGUUCGAUGCUCCAAGCUUCUUGAGCUCGCUUAACGAAGCAUUCGAAGACUCCUUUCUCAAUGACACGCCAGACCGAGCUGUAAAUGGAGGCUCUAGCCGUAACAUGUCAGAAGAACAUGUCUUUGGGCUCUCAAUAAAUAGGCAAUAUAUCAUUACGAUAUUGCUAGAAGUCAUGAAUCCUAAUGACUUUGCUACCGAGGACACGAUCUACCUCGACAUGUUUAUUGCGCGAAAUCUACCUAAAUUUCCGCAAUACUUAUUGCUUUCCGGGACGGCCUUACAUAGGGUCUUAGCUGGAUUGUGCAACUAUCCUGGCGAUGAUCUCGCUGAUGAUGCACAACUGAGCGCCGAGUACUUGCUCUCCGUCUACCAUCCUCCAGAUCUCGAGUCACUGAUGUCACUGUUUGAGAAAGCAGGAUUUUACAGAGUCUUGAAGAGCAUUUACAAGUCCGACAAGCAAUUCAGCAAGCUGGUUCAAACAUACUUCGAUGAUCCGGAUGAUCGCGAAGCUGUUUUCGAUUGUAUAGCCGAUUGCUUGCGACCGCGAUCGGGCUUGACCAAACGUCAGGUUCGAGAUGUGCACGAGGUCAUUGAAGCCCAUGCCAGCGAUCUCAUUCAUCUGGACGCUACCAGGACGGCUCAAACCAUUGAGUCUUAUGCUACCUCACUCCACGAAAAAUUUCUUAAGUCGCUGCCAGACGAUUCCGAACUGCAGUACACUUACCUGCACACUAUCUUGGAACCAACCGCGAAGGAUGCCGAGGAUGCAGCUCAUCCGUCACACUCUGCCUUCACCGAGAGAUACGUGCAACUCAUGUGUAAGUACGACUCUUCACAUGUUGCGGCAUAUGUGGAGCUAGUCCAGGCGAGCGAUUUACGUCUCGAUAAAGUCCUGCCAUACAUGGAAGAUAGUGGAGUUAUCGAUGCAGCCGUAAUCCUAAUGGCACGAGAAGGACAACUACGAGAAGCUAUGGAUCGUCUAGUACAACAUCUGAAGACGUUGGAAAGUGCACUGCUUGGUCUGUUGAACCAUUCGACAGAAGAAGGUGGAUCAACUGAAGCGGAGUCCGCAAUGGAAGACCUGCUAGCAGCCUUGAAGCGAUACACAGAUGUUGGAGUCUGGCUUUGUGUAGGGCAGGUGUCGAUGCACACUUCGCGAAUCUUAAGUCCUACAAUCCGGCGGAAGUCCACCUUUAAGGGCGACCUUUUGCCUGAAGAAACCCUGUGGCUAGAUCUCAUCGACAUUGUCGUACAAAUCACUCGAAAUCUGUCCGCUGGUAUAAGCGACUUGGAGGGUAGAACAGACAUCGACCACGAGAAGCUUCUUUUUCAGUUGCGGGCAUUGGUUCAACGCAGCUUUACAGCAUUGCUUACAGCAACAUCUAGCCCAACACCGUCUGGCUUGAAUUUGUCGUUCCUGAGGAUCCUUCGAGCUUUUCUCACUCGAGCAUCAGUUUCAUCACCCAACUUAGGCGAUCUACGAGCUGUCCUUGCGUCUGUGUUCUCUGCGUACGCAUAUGAAGAGAGCAUCCUAAGUCUUGCGAAUCGAUUGCUCGACAAGGAUUUGUUCGUCAAUGUGGCCGAAGCGACAAACCUCCGCCAGCGAGGUUGGAGACCACGAGGCUCAACUUGCGAGGGCUGCGGACGUCGAGUAUGGGGUCCAGGUGUCUCUGGUGAUAUCUUCUCGAAAUGGGAAGAAAGAGAAGAGCUGGACACUAAACGACGGAAAGAAAGAAGGGCUGCACAGGCAGGAGGUCAAGUCGAGCGAGGCAAAGGCCGAGCACAUGUUCGAAAUACAAGUAAAGUCAGUAUCACUGAUGUAAUGAAGGCCAAAGGCAAGGGAGCUUUAAACGCCCCAGCCGGAGAAGGGGAGGAGGAUGAGCAGAGAAGUGAUCAAGAUGAUGCAAAGGUUGACCUGGGUCCAUUGGUUGUCCUGGCCUGCCGACACAUCUAUCAUGAGGCUUGCUUGGAGGCAAUGCAAGUGGAGGAUACCGCAACCGACGCGAGAGAAUUCAUAUGUCCCAUAGAUGGAUAG